AUGGAGAUGCACGGCGAAGGGAUCCUGGCCAAGGCCCUGCAGACGGAGGUCCUGUGUGUGACGGACCCGGACCGCAGCGAGGCCGAGCUGGCCUUCCACGUCUACAAGAUGCUGGAUGGGAAUGAGGCCUUCAGCAACGUCUCCGAGUACCACAUGGUGCCGGUGCAGGCGGCGGACGGCUCCAUCGUCGGGGUCCAGGUGACCGGCAUACAGAGAGGGGAGGAAGGCGGACAGAGUCUCCUGCCCACCCAGCUCAUCGAGUUCCACAACGAGGGGGAAGACUCGCAGGCCGAGCAACCGCUGCCCGAGCCUAGCGUGACCCCAGCGGAUGACCCCGGCCAGGCCGAGGCUGUGCAGGAGUUGCAAGAUGUGCCUGACAACUCACAGAUAUGUGAAGCUGCAUCGGAGGACAUUCCUGAGCAGAAUGAGCCGACCCCACAACCGUCUGCAGGCUUAGAGAAGCAAGAACUGAAGACUCUGUACCGCUGCGGGCAGUGCCAGUUCAGCUCCUUAAUGCUUUCGGCUAUGAGGCGCCACCUGCGCAGACAUUCUGACAAACACAAGUGCCACAUUUGCGAGAAGGCGUUUUCCAGCGCUAGAGAACUGCGGCUCCAUGUCAGCGCUCACACAGGUGAGAAGCCAUACACGUGCAAUGUGUGCCAGGCCCAAUUCACGCAGAACGCCAGCCUGAAGAUGCAUGUCUUAAGAAAACAUACUGAUAAUGUGCAGAAGGAGCAAUGUACCAUCUGUAAUGCGGUUCUGUUUGGGAAGAAUGACGUAAAGGUUCAUAUCCGCAAGCAGCACACCUACUUGGAGGUUCCUAUCAGGUGCCGCAUCUGCUCUGAGGAGUUUCACGAGCGCUACCUCUACCGGCAACAUCAGGAGAAUCACAGAAGCCGAAAGGCAAUCGAGCUGAAAUCCAACAAACAAAACAUGCAGGCUUAUGAGUUGGAGGAGCAGGAAGCAGAGAUCGCCACCACUGAAGAUGGAGUGUCUUGGAACAUCGUACCGACCACAGGCGAGACACAGUUGUUUGUAAACUAUCAGGAGGGGGAGCAGCCCAGCACUGUGACGGAGCUGCACAGCAUUCCCAUGCAGACAGAGGACGGCAGCAUUGUGCAGGCCAUAGUGGUGCAGAGCGGAGAGCAGAUGGACACUGAUGCUGUGCAUACCGAGGUGUAUGAGGUGCAAGAUCUGGCUCAAGUCCUUCAGCCCAUUGUGGAGCAACAGUCCUCCGAGCCCAUAGUCCUAACACUGGAUGCUAUUAAUCAGGCUGUGCAGACUGCAGAACAGCAGAGUGUCGUCCCCAACUUCAUUCCCCAAGCGGCUUCCACGCCUCUACCGACAUCAAUAAAAGGAAGACGGAUCCAGCCAAUCAGCCCUGAGCAGCAGAUUGAGGUGAAGCUGCAUCGGUGUAAAGACUGUGGCAAGGCUUUCUCCACUGGCAUGGAGCUCUUGAAACAUAAAAAAUUGCACAAGCCAGAGAACAUGUUUAAGUGUCCUUUUUGUGAAAACGAGUCUUCGGGGGCCCUGGAGCUGAUCCUUCACAUUCAGGUCCACAAUGAUGACCGCCCAUUCCACUGUGAACAAUGCAACUUCUCCACGACAGAUUCCUUCAAGCUGACCAGGCAUAAGAGAACUCACACAGGAGAGAAGCCUUUUACAUGCAGUGUAUGUGAGGCCAAGUUCACGCAGAAGACCAGCAUGUUGAUGCACAUCCAGCGAAAACACACCAAAGAACUUCCAAAAUUAAACUGUCCUCUGUGUAAAACCGUCCUGACCGGGAAGCACAGCCUGAACAUUCACCUGCGGAAGCAGCAUUCUCACUCAGAGACCGAGCUGAAGUGCCGUUUCUGUCCCGCCACGUUUCGGGAACGGUUUGUCCUCCGUGAACAUCAGAAGUCUCACAGAAAUGAAAAGCCCAUCAAAUCAAUCGCCCCGAGGGUAAAAAGGAGAAAAAUCACUGAGAAGAGUCAGAGCGAUCAGGUGAACUUUGAGGAGCAGGAGCCGGUGGUUGGGGCCCAGGCGGAGGAGUACACUUGGCAGGUUCUACCAGCGGAACAAGAGACACAAAUCCACUUUGUGAUCAGCGGGGCCGAGGAGGCGACCUCUGUGACAGAGUACCACCUCCUCCCAGUGGAGGCAGAAGACGGCAGAGUCAUUAGCAUUGAAGUGUCAGGGAUAGAGGAGGUGGAGCAGCUAGAAGCAGGUACAAUACACCAGGUCAUUUUAGGGGAUAUCUAG